GAAACAAGGAGACAUGCGAGUGAAGCGGCAGUGAUUUUAGUCGCUUACAUGUUUAUCUUGUAUUGAUCAUAUGACUAUCGCGUUCAAAAAUGACAGCUGGAUCCAGCCAGCAGAAUGCAGCAGGGGUCUUAUUAAUCAUUCAUUUAUAUUUAUAUGGGAGUUAUCAACUGACUGAGUUACAGGUAUGCCACCUCUGCAACGGAACAGUGCAGAAUAGCACCGCUCUGGGUCAGUUCUGUUCCGCGUCUGCGGGUUUGAUUGACGGAUGCUGCUGCCUGCUGCGAAAGGAAAACACCAGCAAUGCGGACUACAUCAUCGGGUUGGACCUAUCAAACUGUUCUCUAAGUCAUGUCGAGGACCUCCAAGAGGCAUCAACAGCUGCAAUGAUAGAUAUCUCACUGAACCCCAUAGUUCAACUGAACAAUUCACUGUUUCAAGGCUUCAUCCAGUUGGAUAACCUGUUUCUGCCUGUCAACCUGGCCUGUCCAGGAGGCAAUGCGUCAUGGGAUAAAGUGGAGGUCAAAGGAGAGACACGUCACUGUGAAGGACAGAAGGACAUCUGCAACCAGACUGGACAUCUGUCGUUGAAUUGCCCUGAGAACUCCCUCUGUGCAGCGUACGGUCCGGGCUUCUUUGAGUGUAGCUGUAUAGACGACUUCCAUGGAUACAAGUGUCUUCGAGAGGGGAAAUUCCCUAUAGUCAAGGUGUUCGGGCUUCUAGGAGCCUCUACAGUCUUGGUCUCCAUCCUGCUAUGGGUCACCCAGAGACGCAAGGUGAAAUCUGUCUGAGUUUGUACCCACUCCCCUGGUCUGAGGCCUGGCCCUGGGACUCUAUGGUUGGAAAACACUUGUUUUCCAGUGAUGCUGACAUGAAGAGACAGGGGGAAAAUAUGUGAACAUUUUAAAACUGACUUUAGCGUGGAAAGUCAGUGUAUUCUAUGGCGACGGUUGUAUCAUGCAAUGGACCUUUCUAGUUUUAAUCAUCUGUUUUGACGGGGUUGUUAAAUCUUUGUUUUAUCGACACAGAUGUUGCAAUUUGUUGUAGCCUUC